AUUAUAUUAGGAUAUUACUAGGGACCCUACAAUAUUAUGACAUAAUUAUAACGUCAUACGCCAUCUAGCGGGUCUUUCUGGCGUUACAGCAGAUUAAUGAGAUGUCGUCGAAAAUAAUCAAAGCUGGUGGAGGCGAGCCCGAUGCUUUUGAACAGCAGGUAGCUCAAGCUCUUUUAGAACUUGAAUUGAAUUCUGACUUAAAGGCUCAGCUACGUGAAUUGCAUAUAACAAAAGCUCGAGAAAUUGAGUUAAACAACAAAAAGUCAGUUAUCAUAUAUGUACCGAUGCCAAAACUGAAACAGUUUCAGAAAAUUCAGACAAGAUUAGUACGUGAGUUAGAAAAGAAAUUUAGUGGAAAACAUGUUGUUUUUGUUGGAGAACGUAAAAUUCUUCCUAAACCAACAAGAAAGACACGCAUGAAGAACAAGCAGAAGCGGCCUCGCUCUCGUACAUUAACUGCUGUUUACGACGCUAUUUUAGAAGAUUUGGUGUUUCCUGCUGAAAUUGUGGGAAAACGUAUCAGAGUAAAAUUAGAUGGUUCACAAUUAAUUAAGGUCCAUCUUGACAAAAACCAGCAAAUGACUAUUGAACAUAAGGUUGAUACAUUUGCAGCAGUGUAUAAAAAACUAACUGGAAGGGAAGUAACAUUUGAAUUUCCUGAACCCUACUUGUAAAGUUCUUUUUAUAGGUAAAUAAAAGUAUAAAUCCUUA